ACUGUACAUGCCAUUUGGCUUGGGGAACAGAACCCGCCAUGGGACAACCUCAAAGAUAUCUCUCCAGACAGGGUCUUUUACUUGGGUGAUGUAUCUGCUCUCCUGACUGUCUUCAUACCCGAAGGAUUUCUUUUCCUUUUGGAAAUAUUUUAAGUUGAAAUCUUGUUCCUUACUGGAAACUGUCUACACUAAAGACUGCACGCAUCAUGGGUGAUAUGGCAAACAACUCAGUUGCAUAUAGUGGCGUAAAAAAUGCUGUAAAAGAAGCUAAUCAUGGAGAUUUUGGAGUUACUCUUGCAGAGCUCCGUUCUCUUAUGGAACUUCGAGCUACCGAUGCACUGCAUAAAAUACAGGAAUGCUAUGGAGAUGUACAUGGCAUCUGUACAAAAUUGAAAACUUCACCAAAUGAAGGUUUAAGUGGAAAUCCAGCAGAUAUAGAAAGGAGAGAAGCAGUUUUUGGGAAGAACUUUAUACCUCCUAAAAAGCCAAAAACAUUUCUUCAGUUAGUAUGGGAAGCACUACAGGACGUUACACUAAUUAUAUUAGAAAUUGCAGCCGUAGUAUCCUUGGGCCUUUCUUUUUACCAGCCUCCAGGAGGAAAUGAAUCACUAUGUGGAUCAGUAAAUGUUGGUGAAGAAGAGGAGGAAUCUGAAGCAGGUUGGAUUGAAGGAGCAGCAAUCCUCCUAUCUGUAGUUUGUGUGGUAUUAGUAACAGCUUUCAAUGACUGGAGUAAAGAGAAACAGUUUCGGGGAUUGCAGAGCCGUAUUGAACAAGAACAGAAAUUCACAGUCAUCAGAGGUGGCCAAGUCAUCCAAAUACCAGUAGCUGACAUAAUUGUUGGAGAUAUUGCACAAGUGAAAUAUGGUGAUCUUUUACCGGCUGAUGGUGUACUCAUUCAAGGAAAUGACCUCAAAAUUGAUGAAAGCUCACUGACUGGAGAAUCUGAUCAUGUUAAGAAAUCUCUGGACAGAGAUCCCAUGCUGCUGUCAGGUACACAUGUGAUGGAAGGCUCUGGAAGAAUGGUAGUUACUGCUGUAGGUGUGAACUCUCAGACCGGAAUCAUCUUUACCUUACUUGGAGCUGGAGGAGAUGAAGAGGAGAAGGAGAAGGAAAAAGAGAAGAAGGACAAGAAAAGUAAAAAGCAAGACGGAGCUGUUGAAAACCGUAACAAAGCUAAAGCUCAGGAUGGUGCAGCCAUGGAAAUGCAACCACUGAAGAGCGAGGAUGGUGGGGAUGGAGAUGAGAAAGACAAGAAGAGAGCGAACUUGCCAAAGAAAGAAAAGUCGGUUCUCCAAGGCAAACUUACAAAGCUUGCGGUUCAGAUUGGCAAAGCAGGUUUAUUGAUGUCUGCAAUCACGGUCAUUAUCCUUGUGUUAUAUUUUGUAAUUGAUACCUUCUGGGUUCAGAAGAGACCUUGGCUUGCUGAAUGUACACCAAUUUACAUUCAGUAUUUUGUGAAGUUCUUCAUUAUUGGAGUUACAGUCUUGGUGGUAGCAGUACCAGAAGGUCUUCCACUUGCAGUCACUAUAUCUCUGGCUUACUCUGUUAAGAAAAUGAUGAAAGAUAAUAACUUGGUGAGACAUCUGGAUGCAUGUGAAACAAUGGGCAAUGCAACAGCUAUUUGCUCAGAUAAAACGGGAACAUUGACCAUGAACAGAAUGACAGUGGUCCAAGCCUACAUCAAUGAAAAACACUAUAAAAAAAUUCCAGAGCCAGAAGCUAUUCCAGAGAAAAUUAUGGCUUACCUUGUGACAGGAAUUUCUGUUAAUUGUGCUUAUACUUCCAAAAUACUGCCUCCUGAAAAAGAAGGUGGCCUACCACGUCAUGUUGGAAAUAAAACUGAAUGUGCCUUGCUGGGAUUGCUCUUGGAUUUAAAACGUGAUUAUCAGGACGUAAGAAAUGAGAUACCAGAAGAGGAUUUGUACAAAGUGUACACGUUCAACUCUGUUAGAAAAUCUAUGAGUACUGUGUUAAAAAACUCUGAUGGCAGUUUCCGGAUAUUCAGUAAAGGUGCCUCUGAGAUAGUUCUUAAAAAGUGCUUCAAAAUACUGAGUGCUAAUGGAGAACCAAAGGUAUUUAGACCUAGGGACCGCGAUGAUAUCGUGAAAACUGUAAUUGAGCCAAUGGCUUCUGAAGGGCUCAGAACCAUCUGCCUGGCAUUCAGAGACUUCCCAGCAGGGGAACCUGAGCCAGAAUGGGACAAUGAAAAUGAUAUUGUUACUGGUCUGACGUGCAUUGCUGUUGUUGGGAUUGAAGACCCUGUGAGACCUGAGGUACCUGAUGCAAUAAAAAAGUGUCAACGUGCAGGCAUAACUGUACGUAUGGUCACUGGUGAUAACAUUAACACUGCUCGUGCUAUUGCAUUAAAAUGUGGUAUUCUGAAUCCUGGUGAAGACUUCCUGUGUUUAGAGGGCAAAGACUUUAACAGGAGAAUACGCAAUGAAAAAGGAGAGAUAGAGCAAGAGCGAAUAGAUAAAAUCUGGCCAAAGCUUCGUGUUCUUGCAAGAUCGUCUCCCACUGACAAACACACUCUAGUAAAAGGUAUAAUUGACAGCACUGUCUUUGAACAGAGGCAAGUUGUAGCAGUAACUGGUGAUGGUACCAAUGAUGGUCCAGCUCUGAAGAAGGCAGAUGUUGGAUUUGCUAUGGGUAUUGCUGGAACAGACGUAGCUAAAGAAGCUUCUGAUAUUAUCCUUACAGACGACAACUUCACAAGUAUUGUUAAAGCAGUUAUGUGGGGACGAAACGUGUAUGACAGCAUCUCCAAAUUUCUUCAGUUCCAGCUUACUGUCAAUGUAGUAGCAGUAAUUGUUGCUUUUACAGGAGCAUGCAUAACACAAGAUUCUCCGCUUAAAGCUGUGCAGAUGCUGUGGGUAAAUCUCAUAAUGGACACAUUAGCUUCUCUUGCCCUGGCAACAGAACCACCCACUGAAGCUCUUCUGUUGCGAAAGCCUUAUGGUAGAAACAAACCUUUGAUUUCUCGUACAAUGAUGAAGAACAUUUUGGGUCAUGCAUUCUACCAACUCGUAGUGGUCUUCACGCUCCUGUUUGCUGGUGAGAGAAUUUUUGAUAUCGAUAGUGGAAGAAAUGCACCUCUGCAUGCUCCUCCUUCAGAGCAUUAUACUAUUGUAUUUAAUACGUUUGUGAUGAUGCAGCUUUUUAAUGAAAUUAAUGCCCGAAAAAUUCAUGGUGAAAGAAACGUUUUUGAAGGAAUCUUUAACAACGCUAUCUUCUGUACUAUUGUUCUGGGGACAUUUGUUGUACAGAUAAUUAUUGUGCAGUUCGGUGGGAAGCCUUUCAGUUGCUCAGAACUCUCGAUUGAACAGUGGCUGUGGUCCAUUUUCCUGGGCAUGGGAACACUACUCUGGGGCCAGUUGAUUUCAACAAUUCCAACCAGCCGUCUGAAAUUCCUUAAAGAAGCUGGUCAUGGAACACAAAAGGAAGAGAUUCCUGAAGAAGAACUAGCAGAAGAUGUAGAGGAGAUCGAUCAUGCUGAGAGAGAAUUACGUCGCGGUCAGAUCUUGUGGUUUAGGGGCCUAAACAGGAUACAAACUCAGAUCCGAGUGGUGAAUGCAUUUCGUAGCUCCUUGUACGAGGGGCUAGAGAAACCUGAGACACGAAGUUCAAUUCACAAUUUUAUGACGCAUCCUGAGUUUAGAAUAGAAGACUCCGAGCCUCAUAUUCCCCUUAUUGAUGAUACUGAUGCUGAAGAUGAUGCUCCAACAAAACGCAACUCUAAUCCCCCACCCUCUCCCAAUAAAAAUAACAAUGCGGUUGACAGUGGAAUUCACCUUACAACAGACAUGAACAAGUCUGCUACCUCUUCAUCCCCAGGGAGCCCGCUACAUAGUUUGGAAACAUCACUCUGAUUGUAAGCUGAAUGUUAACACACUAGCUGCAUUGUAAAGAAAUUGAAACUGGGUCUCUUCACACAUUAUGAUGGACAAGAUGAUAUUCUUGUCUUGGACUUCAACAGAAGACACACUUGUACGAAUGUAGAUUUAUUUUUUUAAAAAAAAAGCUUUCUGCCAGACUGGAGGGUGCUUUUCGGGGGGUGGGAGUAAUAAUGAACUCUGACAGAUAAACAGUAACUCAGCAUAAGUGACCUGUGGAUCAUCUGUUGUACUUAAGAAUGGUCCCGAACAGUGUGUUAGCAGAGCUUUAGUUUAUCAUGAUCCUUUUCUGAGGGGAAGGCUGGGAAGGGCAAGGAGGCCCUGGAUUGUUGAAUUGAUACUUUAAUUUCUGCUGUUGGCUGUUAAUAAUUUGGAUUAUUUAUGUUUAUAAAUGAUACAGAUCUGUUUACAAGGUUUGUAGAUACUUUUUUUGUUCCUGUUCAUAGAUGGGAAGCUUCCUUAUAAAUGAUGCAGAGAAAAAAAAACCAAACAAACAAAAAAAAACCACAAAAAAAAAAAACUAGUCCUUCAAAUACUGCUGUAUUUUCAGGAAAAGGGUGUUUCUAUUGAAACUGUACUAAAUUUUGCCUGCAAUUUACCUUGUUAAAUAUUGUAGAUAAAUUGCUAAUACUAAUAGCCAAAUAGAUAACACUAAUGCUUUGUAAAAACAUGAGCAGUGGUGUUCUAAUGAAGUUAUGGCCUCUGUCCUAAUUAGUUUCUUAAAUACAUUUACUACUUAAUGGUUUUGAAACAACUGUUUAAUUUUUAAAAAUUUUGAGAAACUUACUGAAUAAAUUUUGUUCAGAACUUAGUAGGAUUGUUUAAUGCAGGACAUCAAUAUGUGAUGGAACUUGCUUGAAACAUUUCUGUUAUCUCAGGCAAAAUGGAUUAAAUCAAAAUACAUCAGAAUCUUAGUCCUUUGUUUUUGUCUAAACAUGUUUAGUGCUGUCUUGGUGAACUGUGAGUGGAACUGUGAUUUUUUUCUAAUCUAUAGAAUCCUUCAUGCAGCAUGAGGGCUGUUGGCAUUUUGAAAGGAUGUUAGUGGGUAGCAUACAUGUUCUCCUUUUUGUUUUUGAAACUUGUUUGUAAACAUGAAUAAAUCUGCCCUUUUGUUAAAAUAAAAUUGCA